GUAAACACAGCCAUGCAUGAGGCCAAACUGAUGGAGGAAUGCGAUAAGUUAGUGGACAUCAUCCGCCAGCGCAAGCAAGUGAUCGCUGUCAAGAUCAAAGAGACGAAGGUGAUGAAGCUGAGGAAGCUAGCCCAGCAGGUAGCCAACUGCCGGCAGUGCCUGGAACGGUCCACGGUCCUCAUCAACCAAGCUGAACAUAUCUUGAAAGAGAGCGAUCAUGCACGGUUCCUGCAAACAGCGAAGAAUGUGGCAGAAAGGGUUGCCAUGGCAACUGCAUCCUCUCAAGUUUUGAUCCCCGAUAUCAAUUUUAACGAUGCCUUUGAAAACUUUGCUUUAGAUUUUUCCAGAGAGAAGAAAUUGCUGGAGGGGCUGGAUUAUCUAACAGCACCCAACCCACCCGCUGUCCGUGAAGAGCUUUGCACCGCCUCCCAUGACACCAUCACUGUCCACUGGAUCUCAGAUGAUGAGUUCAGCGUCAGCUCAUAUGAGCUCCAGUAUACCAUCUUCACCGGCCAGGCCAACUUUAUCAGUCUCUACAAUUCUAUGGACAGCUGGAUGAUCGUCCCCAACAUCAAGCAGAACCAUUAUACAGUGCAUGGGUUGCAAAGCGGCACGCGCUAUAUCUUCCUCGUCAAGGCAAUCAAUCAGGCUGGCAGCCGCAAUAGUGAGCCUGCAAGGCUCAAGACUAACAGCCAGCCUUUCAAGCUGGACCCUAAAAUGGCUCAUAAGAAGUUGAAGAUCUCCAACGAUGGACUUCAAAUGGAGAAAGAUGAAAGCUCCCUAAAAAAGAGUCACACCCCCGAGAGAUUUAGUGGAACAGGCUGCUAUGGAAUCACGGGGAAUGUGUUCAUUGACAGUGGCUGUCAUUACUGGGAGGUAACUCUAGGAACCUCCACCUGGUACGCCAUUGGCAUUGCCUACAAAUCAGCCCCUAAGAACGAGUGGGUCGGCAAGAACUCCUCCUCCUGGGUUUUCUCCCGCUGCAACAACAGUUUUGUAGUGCGGCAUAACAACAAGGAGAUGCUGCUUGACGUUCACCCCCAAAUGAAGCGCUUGGGCGUCCUCCUGGACUAUGACAAUAAUGUCUUCUCCUUCUACGACCCUGCCAACUCGCUCCAUCUCCAUACGUUUGAGAUUGCUUUCAUCCUGCCUGUCUGCCCUACCUUUACCAUUUGGAACAAAUCGUUAAUGGUGGUCACGGGUCUUCCUGCCCCAGACUUUAUAGACUACCCGGAACAGCAGGAAUGCAACUGCCGGCCUCAAGAGUCCCCCUAUGUAUCAGGAAUGAAAACCUGCCAUUGAGGGCCCAAGAAGACCUGUCUUUUCCAGCUGAAUCUCUGGAGCAAUUGUGCAACUAGACGGGGCAAUGACUUCAUGUGUGUUUGGAGGCAGUCGGCAGCCUGCUAGCCUCUCUCUUACUGAAAGUCCACCACUCAUGGUGCACCCUGUUCAAGGAGUGUGGGUGAUAUUUCAUGGACCAGAUUUU